AUGGCCGAGGACCAUCGACCCUCGCUUCCUUCCUACCAUUCGCACGGCUCCGUGAGCGAUCAUGGUGACCCGUUCGCUGACCGUCCGCGACAGGUCAACUUUCAAGAACCGGCUUUGUCUGCGUACGAGAGCUCGGUCUCUCUGCCACAGGAAUUUGGUGGCAUGGGCGGCAGCAACUACGAUGAUGAUGAGGUUGAAAAGCUUCCCCUCACUGCCGCACCUGGCAGUCUCUAUCCCCCAGGGCCCAUUGACCCCAACGCUUACGGAGACCCGUAUGACCGUCCCAUCUCUACCGUCUCGACAGCCUCGUCAGGCGUCGAAUCCUCCUGGAGGCGGCGGCAGACCAUCAAGCGUGGUGUGACCCGUAAGGUCAGGCUUACGAAGGGUAACUUCAUUGCGGAGUACCCUGUGCCGAGUCCGGUAUACAGUGCUAUUGAGCCGAAGUGGUUGGGCAUGUCGAAAUCGACGGAGUUCUCACACAUGCGUUACACUGCAGCAACGUGUGAUCCCGACGACUUCUCGGAAGCUAAUGGCUACUCCCUCCGUACGAAGAUGUUCAACCGACAGACGGAGCUGCUCAUUGCCGUCACGUCGUAUAAUGAAGACAAGCAGCUCUAUGCCCGUACCUUGCACGGUGUCAUGUUGAACAUCCGUGACAUUUGCAAGACCAAGCAAUCCAAGUACUGGCGCCGUACCGCUGAGGAGGGUGUGCCGGGCUGGCAGAAGAUCACCGUAGCGCUCGUCAUUGAUGGUUUGGAGCCCAUGGACAAGACAGUCUUGGAUAUUCUUGCCACCGUAGGCGUCUACCAGGAUGGUGUCAUGAAGAAGCAGGUCGACGGCAAGGAUACCGUUGCCCAUAUCUUCGAGUACACGACACAACUGUCCGUCGAUGCGACGCCACAGCUCAUUCUCCCUCACGGCGAUGACAGCACUAACCUUGUCCCGGUCUCGUUCAUCCUCGUCAUCAAGGCAAAGAACCAAAAGAAGAUCAACUCUCACCGUUGGCUCUUCAAUGCUAUUGGUCGGAUGCUUGAGCCGGAGAUUUGUGUUCUCAUUGAUGCUGGUACGAAGCCCGGCCACAAGUCCAUCUACUAUCUGUGGGAGGCUUUCUACAAUGACGCGCACUUGGGUGGGUGCUGUGGUGAGAUUCACGCCAUGUUGGAGGGGGGCAAGAAGCUCCUCAACCCUCUCGUCGCCGCACAAAACUUCGAGUACAAGAUGUCCAACAUCCUGGACAAGCCGCUCGAGAGCAGCUUCGGUUACGUGUCCGUGCUGCCCGGUGCCUUCUCUGCUUACCGGUACCGCGCCAUCCUCGGCCGUCCUCUCGAGCAGUACUUCCACGGUGACCACUCCCUGGCCGACCGUCUUGGUCCCAAGGGUAUCUAUGGUAUGAACAUCUUCACGAAGAACAUGUUCUUGGCCGAGGAUCGUAUCCUCUGUUUCGAGCUCGUCGCCAAGGCCAACGAGCGGUGGACCCUGACGUACGUCAAGCCUAGUAAGGCCGAGACGGAUGUUCCGGAGUCUGCCGCGGAGCUCAUCGGUCAGCGUCGUCGUUGGUUGAACGGUUCGUUCGCGGCGUCGGUGUACAGUCUCGUCAACUUCUUCAAGCUGUACCGGUCCAGCCAUGGUAUCAUCCGCAUGUUCUUCCUCCACGUUCAGGCCUUGUAUAACAUCUUCACGCUGAUCUUUACUUGGUUCGCGCUCGCCAACAUGUGGCUGACAUUCAGUAUCAUCAUCGAUCUGCUCCCCGGUCAAGGUCUCGUUCUCUUCGGCACUACGGAAAUCACGCACUGGAUCAACGAAGUCUUGAAAUGGAUCUACCUCGCUUUCCUUUGCUUACAGUUCAUCCUUGCGCUGGGUAAUCGACCAAAGGGAGAAAAAAUGGCGUACACCAUCACACUAUGGGUAUACGCUGUUCUAUCGAUCUACCUGCUGGUGUGCUCGUUCGCGCUUACCGUGAAGGCCUUCAUGAACGUCCCCAACGAGUUAAAGGGCAAGACUGCUACCCAGAUCAUCGUGAUUUUCUUGAAACCUCCUGUCGGUUCGCUCAUUGUCGCCAUGGUGGCAACGUACGGUAUCUACCUGACGGCGUCGUUCCUUUACCGCGACCCUUGGCAUAUGUUCACGAGUUUCCCCCAGUAUCUUGCGUUGGCCCCUAGCUUCACGAACGUCCUUAACGUCUACGCAUUCUGCAACCUUCACGAUGUCUCGUGGGGUACCAAGGGUAGCGACAAGGCUGAGGCUUUGCCGUCCGUUUCGUCGAAGAAGUCGAAGGACGCCGACACUGCCGUCGUCGAAGAUGUGGCCAGAAACAAGGACGAUCUCGAUGCUCACUUCAAGGAGACCGUUACGCGUGCGGUGACGAAGCUGCAGGUCAAGGAGGAGGUCGAGAAGCCCACCAUGGACGACGAGAACAAGACGUUCCGUACGCGUCUGGUCUCGUUCUGGAUGCUGUCAAACGCUACGCUUGCCAUCUCGGUCGAGAACCUGAACGGCUUGAGCACCGGCGACGAGUCUCAGGACAACGCUAUCCUCGAGAAGAAGCAGAACAUCUACUUCGCUAUCAUCCUGUACUCCACCUUCGGGCUGGCCGCUGUUCGGUUUAUAGGCUGCCUGUUCUACUUCUUCAAGCGGAAUCUCUUCCGGUGCUGCAGGAGGAACUGA